UGCUAUCUGCGGUACGUUUGAAACGUCAAUCAUUUCGCCACGGCGUUCGUAGUCUCAAGGCGACUAUGAUGUCUCGCCUAGUACUUUGUCAUCAAGAAAACGUUGGGCAACUCUCGAGUAGAGACACCAAGAAGGGUCAGACAAGCAAGAGCGUCUCAUUCGCGUUUAGCUCGACACCUGGCAGAGGACCACUUACCAAUCGUAAUCCCAACGUCGAGCGAAGAGCUCCAACGCCUGGAAAACCGUCACACAAACGCAACGACAGCGACGACGAGCAUGCACGUUUGUCGCACGCGUACGCAGCCCUACGUCAUCAAUAUGACGCUUUGAGUGCUGAAAUGAAACGUUUACGGGGCUCGCCAGAGAAAGACAAAGACGCAAAAUACCAGAAAGCGGUAGCAGAGAAGGAAGCUUUAGAAGAAAAAUUCCACGAGCAACGUGAUUUACUGAACACCUUAAUGGCUGAAUUGGAUGCAAUAUUUCCAAAUAUAAACAGUGACAUUACGUCAGUGUCCAAAAAGAAACAAGUUGUAAUGAAUGAGGACGAGAAUCUAGAGGAGGCAGCUGUUAGUCGAUAUGUGGAGCAAUGCAUUGGGACUGUAGCAGAAGAAUUGGCACGUGAAAACAUGAGGCAAGAAGAGGAGCAAAGACGCCUUAGUGGUCUGUCAUCAUCCGACGGUGUUGUUUUGACGCCGUUGCCAUUCAGUCUUCCAUUGCCAGUCUCGUUGGACAGUCAACAGUGUGUUAGUGACUUUUCCAGCGUUGUCAUUUCUCCUCCAUCUCAAUUCACAGACAGUUUGGUAUCAGAUACUGGUGAUACUAGCACACCUGUGGAAAAACCCAGAUGCAUUCCAGAUGAGAUCAUUUGUGUUGAUGUUGAUGAUUUGGCAACUUCAUUCAGCAAGGAACAGACACCAGAGAUGAACAACAGUGUGUCGUCUUUGUGUUCAGACUUGUGGUCGUCGUGUGUCUCAUCGCCUAGUCUUCUUGCACCUCCUUCAACUCCAACUCAUGCACGUAACCAAGCGUCGACACCAGACUUGACGUCUCAGUUAUGUGGAGCAUUGAUGUUCAAACUCAACACAAAUGCUGGUUCCAAGGAGAUGUCUCUUUCAAAUUGUGACACUCCUUGCACUGAAGAGAGCUUUCUUUCAUCAACCAACAGCAGUCAAGACUCUUCUCUACAUCUUACUUCUGCUCUACAGCAUCUCUCUCCAGUUCAUUGCUCUUUAACGACCCACCACAAUCAGUCAAUUCAAGUUGCACCAUCUCCCAUUCUAACUGUAAACCAGAGUACUGAGAUGAGUCGUGUGAUGACAGUAGAUAACGGAACUUCAACUGAUCAUCCAACAAUGUGUGAUGCCAUUGUAGAGACAAAGCCCAUUGAGACUUGUUCAGUUGCAACUGAAAUGUGCCUGCCACCGAUUGACGAAUAUCAAGUAAAAUAUUUCAACUUAGAGGCAGAAAAUAAAGAGUUGCAAAGAGAUCUGAGCAAAGCAAGACAGCAAGUAGAAAAGAUAAGUGCCUUGAUGGAGGAAUUUCAGUUUCAAGAAAGUUAUAAAGAACGCUACUAUUGUGAACUGCAGAGGAAUAAAGUGUUAGAAGAGGAUUUAGACGUCUUUCACAUGAUGAUGGAGAAAAUACAAGAAGCAGAAAAAUUUCAAAUUGAGUUUGCAUCUGCAAUGGGACAGAUAAAGGCAGCAGUAGGCAAAUAUAUUGAAGAUAAUCACACGCUGAAAGAACAAAUACAAUGCCUGGAAGAGGAGUUGUCAGAACAAGACAAGAAACUCGCAAAACUACAACACAGAGAGUCACAGUUAGUAACUGAAGUUGGAAAGUUGCUGGUGGAGCUGACUACAGUCAAAUCACAGCAUCAGUUAAUGCAAGACAAGCUGACUACUGAAGCUACAAAAGCUGAGAAGUAUGCCCAUGAAAAUAACCAACUAUCAUAUGACAAUGAGAGGUUGAAAUGUGAGUUGGAUGAGAAUGGUCAAGCUGCUGUCCUUGCCAUAGAAACACUGCAGGACGACGUUCGCAGACUAAAAGCACAAUGUCAAGAUCUUGAGAAGCUGAAGCUGAAAAGUGGCGAAAUGCAAGAAUUUCUUGAAGCCGAACGAUUGACUAUGUGUGAAGAAGUGGCAACUCUUCACUCAGCAGCACGUCGGUCCAUGUUGCAACAAGACGAGGAAUUGGUUGCUGUCGCUCGAGCUGUCAGAGAGCUGUGGGACAAAUUCCUGGAUUCUAUUUGUGUGCUAUCAAUGAGAUCAGGGACUGCAACAGAGCAACAGACAGUGGCUAUGAAACGCAGAUCACUGUUGUCAAGUGACAGUUUGGUUGAUCGUGUGUUAGCAGGGAAGAUGCUGGCAGCCAAAGACAGUAGACUAGAAUGGGGAGAUCAGGCUUAUGCUGGUUUAGCGCAUCUAAUUGGUCACAUUGAUGAUCUUCAGAAAAUGGUGACCGAACUGCAAGACUUGGGUACAUGGAAAACACUGAAACAAACGAUAGCAACAUUGGAGAGAGAAAAGAAAGAUUUGAUUUCUGAACUAAACAGAUGUCAAAGUCGAAUAAAUCAAGCAAUUAAAAGUUUGGACGAAACAAAAGCUAAUCUCAGGAGACGGGAUGAACAAUACAAACAACUAAAAGAUGUGCUGCAGGGUUCUGACGCUCAGCGACAACUGGAAGAAAUGAAAGAGAAAAAGCAACACUACAAGAGUCGUCUGAAGGAGCUCAUUGCAUUUGGAGACGAAUACAAGGAUCGGAUGGAGAAGAAAGUUGAGUUACUAAAGUCAAAUCUUGCCAAGUCUGAAUCUGAAGUUGGCUCAUUGGACCAAAUAGUUGAACAUACAAGAAAGACGUUACAUCUUUGUUUUGGAACUGUAAAGACAAGUCCUAAACUCGAGAAACUUCUACAAUAUCUUGAUGGAACAGCACCAUGAGAAGACAAGACGAUUGACGGUAUACAAAAAAAGUACCUGGUUAGCUAUUCUCGUUUACAGUUAGAUGUAUAAGGCAACUGUAUUAGAACAUUUAUUACUGUGUCUUUGAAUUAAUGAAACGAUAUGUACAUGUGUUGUCAAGAUGAAA